AUGCAGCAGGUGCUGCGCAUGCCGGAGGUGAUCGACCACCGCAUCGUGGGCACCGAUGGCGACUACCUCGUGUUCGACGAGGCCCUGCGCGAGACGGCCGACCUGUGGCAGCGCACCUUCGGUGAGAAGUACUGCGAGAUUCCCGAUGAGCCGGUGCGGGAGGUGAUGCCUUGCUUCCGCGACCAUGCCUUGAGCUGCACCAUCCAAGAGGAGGGCAACAAGAGCCUCUGGUAUGAGCCGCGCGAUUUCAAUUCCGAGUCGACAGUGCCGGCCUCGGUUCCCGCCGACUGGGCCUGCCCGUUCAGCUUGAGCGUGGAGGACUUGGUAAAGGACGGCGAGUGGUACGGCCACUUCGUCAAGGAGAACGGCAGCUCGUACGGGUUCUACCCGACGGCCGGCUGGUACGGCCUCGCGGCCAAGGCCUACGAGCACUUCCUCUACUUUUGCCACAUCUACGAGGGCGACGAGAUGGCCCAUCCGACCUACGCCAUCGACUUCAUGUGGCACCUCCACAUGUUCCACCCGACCCUCUAUCGGGAGGGCACAAAGAGGCUGACGGGCCGCGUGCUGGAGCACAUCCCGUGGCCCGACGCGCACUAUGCCGAGGCCAACUUCACCCGGACCAACGACGUCUGGCAGCGCGAGUUCGGCAUCCCCAUUCAGGAGGAAACGCGCAAGGGACCGUGGGCAGACCCGCGCGCCGGCCCGCCAAGUGCUGAUGAUGAUCUCUAUGGCUUCUGA